AUGCCGAAUGGUUUGCUGAGACUGAAAGCAGUUGUUGGGAAGCCGAAUGAAACCAUUGGAGUGGAAAAUCUGCAAGGGUCAGGAAUGAUAGCUGGUGAAACAUCAGCAGCCUACGAUGAAGUGCCAACAUACUGUUUGGUAACUGGGCGUACCGUGGGCAUUGGAGCUUAUACUGCUCGUCUAGCCCACCGCAUAGUGCAAACACGUUCAUCUCAUCUCAUUCUCACUGGUGCGCCUGCUCUGAAUACCUUGUUAGGGAAAGAGGUUUACACAUCCAAUAAUCAGUUGGGAGGCAUACAGAUUAUGUUCAAGAACGGAGUGACUCACGCUGUUGUGAAUGACGAUUUCGAAGGAAUUUGCAAAAUAUUGCAAUGGAUGAGCUAUCUUCCCGACAAAGUGAGAAGUGUAGAGCUCACUCUGCUCAAAAAUAGCUCACUCUUGGCUUGUUUUGUUCAGAUUCCAUCGUUUCCGUUUCGCCGUUAUAUUGGAUUUGACGCGUCUCCCCGUCUCGUGCAGUUUGCAAUUGAACCAAACAAGCCAUAUGACAUUCGCCUGCUCAUUGAUAGCCGAGAUUCAGAACAAAUCCGUGGAAUUUGUGAUGCAAAUUCUUUUGACGAAAUCAUGAAUGAAUGGGCGAAAACUAUUAUCGCCGGUCGUGCUCGAAUUUGUGGUAUCUCUGUUGGGGUCGUUUCCUCUGAACUGCGAAAUGUGGUAUCCGUUAACCCGGCCGAUCCCGCCUCACCCAACAGUCAGUCCAUUGAAGUACAUCAAGCUGGCCAAGUGUGGUAUCCGGACUCAGCAUUCAAAACUGCGGAAGUAAUUGGUGAUUUCGAUCGUGAGGGCCUUCCACUUCUGUUCAUUGCGUCUCUACGAGGCUUUUCCGGUGGACAGCGAGAUAUGUUCGAAAUGGUGCUCAAAUUCGGAGCUCAUAUAGUGGAUGCACUUCGACAGUAUCGAAGGCCUGUGAUUAUCUACAUACCUUGCCAAGGAGAGCUUCGAGGAGGUGCAUGGGUUGUUCUCGACAGCAAAAUAAACCCAGGAUUUAUCAGUAUGGUCGCGGAUAAGGAAUCACGAGGAGGGAAAAUUGUUUUCACGUUUCUUGAGAUGGCAACGAAUAACUACUGGCACUUCCACCAGUGUGAUCGCUAG